AUGGAGAAGAUGUCAAAGCUUCCUGACAGCAACAACAAGGUUACACCCAGAGCACCACUGAACAACCCUACGAGGAGAUCACAACGUUCAGGUAGAAACAGCUGCUCACCUGGUCAAGCUGUUGGACUCACCUGUUCAGGUCAAAACAUCAGGUUGGUGGGAGAGGCCAGCCGAUGUGCUGGGAUACUGGAGAUGAAACAUCAACAAGAGUGGAGACCAGUGGCUGUUUGGGAUAGUUACUGGAACAUGAACUCAGCUGCUGCAGUUUGUGCUGAACUGGACUGUGACUCAGUCAGGCUGGUUCAAGGGACCAACCGGUGCUCAGGCAGACUGGAGGUGAAGACCAACCAGUCGUGGUCCUCAGUGUGUGAAAAAGACUUUGACCUGCAGGAUGCAAAGGUGGUCUGCAGGGAGAUUGGCUGUGGGCCUCCUUCAGUCCUCCAGGGGGCGCUCUAUGGAGAAGCAGAGGCUCCAGUGGGGAGCAGAGAGUUCCUGUGUGAAGGCAGUGAGUCUGCUCUGCUGAACUGCAGCAGCAGGAAGAGUUCAGGUAGAAACAGCUGCUCACCUGGUCAAGCUGUUGGACUCACCUGUUCAGACAUCAGGUUGGUGGGAGAGGCCAGCCGAUGUGCUGGGAGACUGGAGAUGUUACAUGAAAAAGAGUGGAGACCAGUGGAUGUUGGGUUUUAUUACUGGAACAUGAACUCAGCUGCUGCAGUUUGUGCUGAACUGGACUGUGGUUCUGCUGUUUCAGCAAGAAAUUCAAAGAGAACUUCAUACAGACCAGUUUGGGAGAUCAAGUCUGACUGUUUCCAGUCAGGAUCUGGAAUAAAGAACUGUUUACCUUAUGAUACAAACAGUGAUCAGAGCCAUGAGUUCAUCUGCUCAGGUAACUCUGAACUCUCAUAUUUAUUUCUUUUAAAAUGUUUCUUCCAUCAGGUUCCAGAUGUCUGCAGAGAAACCGUCACCUUUAACUAAGAAC